AUGGGUUUGUUAUCCCUGGGAACCCCACUUCAUUGGAAUGAAGCCAAGCAAUACGCGGACCACGUCCGAUCGCACGGCAUCGAUCAGUUUCUGUCGGUCUACAGAAAGCAACGCUCAAGGAAGAAACAGUGUCUCCUCUGGGGCGAUGAGGUAGAGUACGUAGUUGUGAAGCUCGACAAGGAGAACCGUCGAACCAAGCUAUCGCUACGCGCUUUUGAUAUACUCGCCCAACUACAAAAACCUGAACAAGAAUACAAUGACGGCAACACAGAGCAACCUCCGGAUGCAUUAUGGCGACCGGAAUAUGGUCGAUUUAUGAUUGAAGGUACCCCAGGUGCUCCGUAUGGAUCAACAUUUCGUGACCUCAUGAAUGUGGAGCCGAGCAUGAAAAGGCGACGCCAAUUGGCACACGAAGCGAUGCUGCCCGAUGAAAUACCCGUGACGUUGGUGAAUUAUCCACGUCUAGGAUGCCCGCAUGAGUUGGACAUUGAUAUUGAACCACAUGGUAAAGCGGUUCAAAGUAUGUUUGUUCCCGACGAAGUGACCAAUCCACAUGCUAGAUUCCCGACCUUGGCCGCUAAUAUCCGCCGUCGUCGUGGUGCCAAGGUCGAAAUUAAUAUGCCUAUUUUCCAUGACAAGAACACACCUCGGCCCUUCAUUGAUCCGACUAUUCCGUUCGACCGAGAAGUUUUUGAUCACGACAGGGAGGCAAAGAAUGGAGCUGCGAAGCCAGAUCACAUCUAUAUGGAUGCAAUGGCUUUUGGUAUGGGUUGUUGCUGUCUUCAGAUUACCUUCCAGGCCUGCAAUAUCGAUGAGGCUCGGCAUCUCUAUGAUCAUUUGGCACCUGUGGCACCUAUUAUGCUUGCGCUUACUGCAGCUACUCCAAUCUUCCGUGGUUAUCUCGCUGACACUGAUGCACGCUGGAAUGUUAUUGCUGCUAGUGUGGAUGACAGAACACCGGAGGAGCGAGGCAUCAAGCCUCUGAAAAACGAUAGAUUUGUAAUCAACAAGUCCAGAUACGACUCGAUUGAUACAUAUAUCUCGAAUGAUUCGAUGUACAAGGACAGAUACAAUGACCUGGACUUGGUCUAUGAUAAGGAUAUCUACGAGAAGCUUCGAAACAACAAUGUUGAUGAUCUGUUGGCACGACACAUGGCUCAUCUAUUCAUUCGGGAUCCUCUGGUGAUCUUCAAAGAGCUCUUGGAUCAGGACGAUGAAAACUCGGUCGACCAUUUUGAGAACAUUCAAUCAACAAACUGGCAAACUGUACGUUUCAAGCCGCCACCACCCAAUUCCGACAUUGGCUGGCGUGUUGAGUUCCGUAGCAUGGAAAUUCAGAUAACCGAUUUUGAAAAUGCCGCCUUUUCCGUCUUUAUCGUCCUUUUAACACGAACCAUUUUGAGUUUCGGUUUGAAUCUGUAUAUCCCGAUUACUAAGGUGGAUGAAAAUAUGGCUACUGCUCAUAAGCGAGACUCUGUGCUCAACGACAAGUUUUAUUUCCGGAAGAAUGUGUUUACAAAUGACGGCAACAAAAACGCAACAAAUGGCAAUGGCCAUACUGCUGCCGAGGAGGAUGAAUAUGAGCUGAUGACCAUGAACGAAAUCAUUAAUGGCAAGGACCAUGGAUUCCCUGGUUUUGUUCCUUUGAUCCACAGCUAUCUCAACAGCACCAAUAUCGACAUUGAGACCAGGUGCCAGCUUACGCGAUACCUGUCUUUGAUCAGCAAACGUGCCAGUGGAGAACUGAUGACGGGCGCUUCCUAUUUGCGAAAACUCGUAACCAGCCAUCCGCAGUACAAGCAGGAUUCUGUAGUAUCACCAGAGAUCACGUAUGAUUUGAUUGACACUGUCGACCGAAUUGCCAGAGGAGAGUUGAAAGCUCCUGAAUUACUGGGUGAAUUCAAUGCAUGA